UUGCUGGAAUACUUCUGUAUUUUAGCUUCAUAUUUACGCACUGCAGGUGGUGUUCUGUCUCCACGGAACACCACCUGCAGAGUCGACUGCCCAACCAACAGUCAUUAUGAGCUGUGUGGAACAGACUGUGGCCACACUUGUGCCAGCAGCACAGAUGCCACCUGUGAGCAUGUUUGCUCAGAGGGAUGUUUCUGUGAUGACGGCUUUGUCAGGAGUGGGGCCAGCUGUGUUCCUGUGGAGAGCUGUGGCUGCCAAUAUGAUGGCUUCUACUAUAAUGCUGGUGAGACUUUCUGGACAGACGGAUGCGUGCAGCUGUGUGAGUGUCAUGCCCCACAUGACUUGCGCUGUUUACCUGCGUCGUGCACUCCUGCACAAGAGUGCACCAUCAGGAACGGCCAGCUGGGCUGCUAUGAUGCUAUGUCAACUUGCACUGUGUGGGGUGAUCCACACUACAUCACCUUUGAUGGAGCGCUGGCCCAUUUCCAGGGCACAUGCUCUUACGUCAUCACUGAGAGCGUCGGUCACAGUAUCAAUGAAACCCAGUUUAAGGUGGUAGCCACCAACAAUCACCGUGGCAACAACCUUGUGUCAUUUGUGUCGGAGGUGGAUGUGUACCUCUCAAAAGAAACAGAGAGUGUGCAUGUCAAGAUUGGACCCAACAGAAGAGUAAAGGUAGAAGGAACAGAGGUGUCUAUUCCCACCACAGCAGGAACCUUAGCUCAAGUGGUCAGGCAGGGAAGUUACAUCGUGUUCGAUGCUGCUGAUUUCGUUGUCCAGUUCGAUGGCCGGAGCACUCUGCUGGUCAGAAUGGGCAGACACUGUCAGGACCGGGUUGCAGGGAUGUGUGGGAACUUUAACGGUGAUCCCUCAGAUGAUAAAGCGCUGCCCAAUGGCACACGGGCAGAAAAUGACAACGAAUUCGGACACAGCUGGAAGUCUCCCACGAGCCGACCGGGAUGUGGAUCCACUGAUGAGCGGAGCGGCGGUGGCCUCAGUGACUGUCGCUUCAGAGAGGAAUACUCUGAACUCUGCAGUAUCAUCACCAACAGCAGCGGCCCAUUCAGGGACUGCCACCUGCAUUCUGACCCCCGGCCAUUUUUCGCCUCCUGCCUUUAUGAUCUCUGCCUUUACACUCCAGCCAAUGGAAUGCUGUGCUCUGCCGUCUCAGCCUAUGAGAGAACCUGCUCUGUUUUGGGGUUAAACAUCCCUGAAUGGCAGUCUGAUUUGCAUUGUGAUGACACAGACCCAUGUGAUCAGCUGGAAUGCACAGAGUAUGAGUGGUGCGGUCAGAAAGAUGGAGUGUACGGAUGCUUCUGUGACGAGCACCAUCACAGACGCAACAACGAGAGCUAUGACUCCCUCAUCAGCUGCGACAGCAGUUCAGGCAGCAUGUCGGUGUCUCGCUGCCAGCUGUUCGAAGCAGGCUUCCACUCCGGCGCUCUUCAUCUCAGGGAUGAGAAUUGUAACGGGACAGUCGAGGACGGACGUCUGCUGUUCCACUUUGACAAUAAUGACCAGCUCUGCGGGACAGUUCUCAGGAGCAACGGAACCCAUUUCAUGUACGAGAACACCAUCCAGGGCGACGUAGAUCCUCAUGGAGGUCUAAUCAGCCGUCAGAGGAACAUCCAUCUGCGUUUCUGUUGUGAAUACCCUCUGAAUCAGGCUCUGUCGAUGGCUGUUGGCAUCAACCCUGUGGAGAGCGUUGUCAGUAAGAAGCUUCCAGCUGGCCGUGGCCUGUAUCACAUGAGGAUGAUUCCCUACCAGGACGCGGGCUUCCGUUUCCCCCUCACCAGUGACACAAACAUAGAAAUGGAUGUGGAUGAGCCGCUUUACGUGGAGGUGCGGACAGAAGGGGUGGAUCAGCGCCAGAUCUCCACAGUUGUAGACUCAUGCUGGGCCACUCCCGUCAACAUGGCAAACUACCCUGUCCGCUGGGAUCUCAUUACUGCCGAAUGUCCGAACCCAGAGGAUGGAACGGUUGAGCUGAUGCAGAAUGGCGUCUCCACCGUGGCCCGUUUCUCCUUCAGGAUGUUCACCUUCACCAACUUUACAUCCAUUUAUGUGCACUGUAACGUUCACCUGUGUCUUUUGAGAAACAACAACUGCACAGCUCACUGCUACCCGGGGCACCACAGCCGCUUUAGGAGGGAUGUUUCCUUCCAUGACAGUGCAGCCAUUUCUCUGGGACCACUGGUCUUGAGCCAACGCAGCAUAGACACACUGAUCCAGAGAAGCAGCGCCCCCGGAGUGUUAAAACCAUUCAUCUCCCUAAUUGUCAGCUUGCUGAUGGUCAAAAGUUUGAUCUAG